UGCGUGAAUGCGCGCCUGUGUGUGUAUGAGGUCAACAACUUCUGGUGAAACUCAGCGGAGGUCAGUGUAUCGGAAACGCUUGAAGGCUCCGUAUGUGCGACAGGAUGACGGCAGAGAUGCGCCUGGUUUUGGUUCUGGUUCAGGUCCUGGUGAGCGUAAAACCUUCAGUGAGUGUGCUCUGUUUCUCUAGUGUCAACAGAACCUCAGGUCAGUGUGAUGCCAGGCUGGGUGAGGUGGACAAAGAUGACUGUUGUUUGAACAUCAACAAUGGCUUCCAGCUUUCAGCCCUGGAAGAGUGUCAGUCCUGUGGCUAUCCCAUGUGGACUUCCUGGACUCCUUGGUCGCCAUGUAGCGUCCAGUGCGGGGACGGAGUAAGGCAGAGGACACGGACAUGUUUCGGUGUCGGCCAGUGUGAUGGCCCAAACAUCAAGCUGCAGAUGGAACCGUGCACGGGAAUCUGCUGUGAUGCAAAGGGAUGGGGCUCGUGGAACCCCUGGUCACCAUGUUCAGUUAGCUGUGGAGUACAGGGAGUCAGGAAGAGAGCGAGGGUCUGUACUGGUCCUCCCCACUGUCACUCGCUCUGCAGUGGUCCGUCAGAUGAGAGGGAGCCUUGUCAGCAAAACAAGGCCUGUCCAGUCCAUGGCCGCUGGUCCGAAUGGGCCAGUUGGUCUCAGUGUUCUGGCACUUGUAUCACCGACAGCAUGAUCCCAGUCAGACGACGUCAUCGUUCCUGCUCUGACCCCGCUCCAUCUCCUCACACGGUGCCCCCCGGACAGGACUGUCAAGGAGAAACAGAGCAGGUCCAGCUCUGCACCGAGAUCAACAACUGUCCUGUGGACGGCAACUGGGGUGCGUGGUCUCCACCUGGACCCUGCUCAACCACCUGUGAGGAAGGACUACAGCUAUCAAUCCGACAGUGUGACAGCCCUGCCCCGAAAUACGGUGGGAAAGUCUGUGAGGGUCCAACUACCAAGACCAUUGUCUGCAAGAACAAAUGUCCAGUGGAUGGCUUUUGGUCUGGAUGGUCAAAUUGGGGCGAGUGCUCCGCCUCCUGCGUCCCACAAGGGGGUGCUGUGGUCAGGAUACGCCACCGCUUCUGCUCUAACCCCGCCCCCUCCACCCACCCACCUGGUAGGAGUUGCCAUGGUGACCCCAGAGACGUGCAGCCUUGCCUUAAUGUGCCUCCCUGCUCAGUGGACGGGGCAUGGGGGUCCUGGUCCUCCUUUACGCCUUGUCCAGUUACAUGUGGGUUAGGGAUUCAGCUGUCAUCCAGGGAAUGUAAAAACCCUUCCCCCAAACACGGAGGACGACGGUGUCCUGGUGAUGCCAGCCGCAGCAGAACCUGCAAUACCAAAGUCCCCUGUCCAGUGGAUGGGCAGUGGUCAGCGUGGUUAUCCUGGGGUCCGUGUACAUAUGCACAUGACGAAGACCAGGACAUCACAUGCUCCACCACUGGUGGCCUGCAGUGGCGGACCCGGAAAUGUUUGCACCGGAGUCAUGGUGGUUUGGCUUGUAAAGGAGAGGACAUGAUCCAGAGUCAAGUGUGCUACGAUGUCACCGGUUGUGAUUUGAAGGGGAACUGGGAGGGCUGGGGUUCCUGGACCUCGUGUAGACCCACCUGUGGCCCGAAGUCCACUCGAAAGAGACAGAUGAUAUGUUCCCCUGACUAUUCUGAGUAUAGUCCCACCAUAGGAAUUCAAAAUUUGAAAGCAACAUUCAGCGGGAUACCGAACGCAGACUGUGGGGAUCCUCCUAACGGUCAAGAAAUCGAGUCACAACCGUGCCUCAACGCCCCACCAUGCCCUUGAGCAACACUUGCAGGGUCCAUCCUGAUCAGGGCCCAAUCAUCCUGAAGGUCUUGGAUCAACUUUUUCAGGAUAUUCACUUUCAAUAAAUAGUCAUCAACAGA